GACAGGGACUAUAGCUCUCACACACAGCAGCCCAAUAUUAGAGGAUACACAGCGUAGUUUUCCCCCCACACACAACCCCACCUUAUAGAUACAUCAUAGCGUAAUAUUGCCGAAUUGCAUUUUAUCAUCACAUAUUAUUUCCCCCUUGGACAUUGAUGCAUUUACCUCAGCGGUCGCCGUAGCGGUCAGACCGAUCGUUAUUGCUUUUAUUCCCUUCCUCUCGCUACCAGAGACUAACAAUCUACACCGCAAAGAUGGCUGAGCUGAAUUUGGGGAAGGGUCUGACUGCGGGGAAAGUGGCCAGCAACGUCCAGAAGAAGCUGACCAGAGCGCAGGAAAAGGUUCUACAGAAGCUGGGCAAAGCAGAUGAGACCAAAGAUGUUGCCUUUGAGGAAGGCGUUAUCAACUUCAACAAACAAUAUGCAGAAGGCAGCAAACUACAAAGGGACCUAAGAGCAUACCUGGAGGCAGUUAAAGCAAUGCACGAGUCCUCCAAGAACGUGCAGGCAUGUCUUGCUGACAUGUACGAGCCAGACUGGUAUGGCAAGAACGAAGUGGAUUCCGUUGUGGAGGACUGUGAUGUGCUUUGGAUUGAUUAUCACCAGAAGUUGGUGGAUCACGCUCUAAUCUCUAUGGAUACCUACCUAGGGCAGUUCCCUGAUAUCAAGGCUCGCAUUGCCAAGAGGGACAGGAAGCUGGUGGAUUAUGACAGUGCCAGACAUAAUUAUUCUGCUGCGCACAAGACCAAAAAAAAGGAUGGAGGAAUUAAAAUUACCAAGCCCUCCUCCUUGUUGGAAAGGGCCACUCCAGGUUGGGCUCAGGGUAUCCUGUCAGCACACAAUGUUGCUCAGAGCAGUCUCUCCAGGAGCCAGGCUGAGGAGGAGUUGGAAAGAGCCCAGAAGGUGUUUGAGGAGAUUAAUAUUGACUUGCAAGAGGAAUUACCUUCACUCUGGAACAGUCGUGUUGGGUUUUAUGUCAGCACCUUCCAGAGUUUGUCAGGUUUUGAGGAGAAGUUUCACAAGGAAAUUGGUCGGCUGGGUCAGGAUUUAUUUGACGUCUUGGAGAAACUGGAGACAACAGACACAACAGGCAGAAAGACAGAUAACCGCGACGCCUCAUCCUCAGCACCAAACAGGAGCAGUUCUGUGGAGCCUCCAGUUGUGAAUCGUGAAAAAGAGGCAACUAACCACACUCUCAGACCGGGAGGACCACCUCCAAUCCCCAAAUCUCCAUCCAAGUUAAAACCAGCAGUGCCUCCUCCACCAAAGGUCACCCCAUCUAAGGACUUAAAAACAGAGAACAUCAUCAACCUGUUUGAUGCUGCAGCGGCACCUGACAUCAGUGUCACCUCCCCUACAGAGUUUGACAGUCCUGCAGUCAGCAGCCUGUUGGACAUGGACCUGGACACUUUCAGUGCAGCAGCCAAACCCUCCACGGCCACUCAGCCUGCAAACUGGGACUCAUGGUCUGAGGAUGGUGGUGCCCCGGAGAAAGAAACAAAGCAGCACUAUGACCCGGUUGCUGCUGCUACCGAGGCCUGGGGCGAUGAUGGUAAACAGCCCAUCCGCUACGACCCCAUAGCAGCUGCCUCAGAGAGCUGGGGGGACGAUGAGACCCAGGCAGUUGGCGAUGAGCCUGAGGCCGCGGCCCAGGAAGCAUGGGGGGAUGAUGGAACCCAGGGUGGUCAUGACGACCCAGUGGCCGACUCUCAGGAGAGCUGGACUGAUGACAGAGACCAGCAAGAAGCGGAGGAGCCUGUCGCAGAUGUAACGGCCGCUGAAGACGCUCCGACCGAUGUACCUGAGGAGGACACGACCCCAACUGCUGCUGUGCUGGAUAAUGAAGAGGGUCAGGGUGAGUCUCCAGAAGCUGCUGCCCCUGCUCCUGCUCCUGCUCCUGCAGCAGAAGAACCAGUGGCAGAGGAGGUGAAUACACCUGCAGAAGCAGCUCAGCCAACAGUGGAGGAGCAGAAAUCAGAAACAGCAGAAAUGCCCCCUGGCUUCUUGUUCAAGGUCCAAGUGAUGCAUGAUUAUGCUGCCAACGACACAGAUGAACUGGAGAUGAAAGCUGGUGAUGUGGUGCUAGUAAUCACCUUUGACAACCCUGACGAACAGGAUGAUGGCUGGCUGAUGGGGAUGAAAGAGGGAGACUGGCAGCAAAAGAAAGAAAACGCUGCUAAAGGAGUAUUUCCUGAAAACUUCACCCAGAGGCUGUGAAAAAAGAGGACUUCUUCCUUCAUUGUCUCCUUUUCUCGCCUUUGUCCUCUUUUCCUUCUCUCAACCAACCCUGAAUCUUUACUAGGACUACGGCCAUUGAAGCAGAGCUGUCACAGCCCUGGAGGAAAACAAUGCAUUGCUAAGGUCUGCUACACCGUGGAUCCAAGUAUUUCCACAGAUUUCUGCAAAUAUUGGUCAAUAACAGAUGUAGCCAAUUAAAAGGCCCACUUUUCUGCAGAAAUUGCUUCGGUGCAAAACUUGAGGAUUUCAGUAAACUGUCCUGCAUGCAGGACGAGAUGCAAUAUUGAUAUAAUAACUACAACUGAUAUUGCAUCAGAGGAAUCAUGUCUCAUCUCAAAAGGGAUGAGACAUGAUCAGCUGGAAUUGAAAGACGGAGAACAGUUUAAAACUCUCAACUCUCAAGAGAACCCUUACAUUCAUCUAAGCCCUAACGUUGUUUUAUAGAAGAGAUAAGUAUGUCUCUCUGCUUGAAAAAAAUGAGAGAAAAAAAAUCACUGAUUAUAGUCUUCACUAUUAAACGAGCAUUCACCAAGCAGAGUGAAACACUAAAAAAGUCAAG